AUGCAUUACACAUUGGCCGGAUUUUGCAGUCUGUUAGGAAGCCUCCUGCGCUGCAGCGGAUACAAUGUGUCGCUAAAAGAAAUUGAUAAGAUAAAAGACAAAAUUGUAGAAAACAAAAUUAAGGAAAAAAGCUCGCAAGUGAAUGAAAAGAGGGAAACAGAAAUUACUACAAACGAAAAAGAUGCCAAUAAUGACACGUCGAACCAUAAGCAAGCUGAAACAACUAACGUCGACGAUGAUGAUAAUGAUAAUAGUAAUAAUAUAUCCAAAAUGCUAAGCGAUUUAAAAAAUUAUGAUAACUUUAUCGAAUUGGAAAAACAAAAAGAAGAAAAAAAAAAAAAAGAAGAAAAUAAAAACUUAUUUAGUAUAAAGGAGUUUUUUAGGAUCAUUCACCUGCCAAAUAUAACCAACGAAACUAAGCCAUCAAAUGUUUUAAACUCUUUUGAAAUUUUCGAUGAAAAGGGGAAUGGAAGAAUAUCCAUCAAAAAGUUGAGAUUUAUUCUUCAGUACUUAGGGGAACCCCUAAGCAACGCAGAUUUUGACGAAUUCUUUGAUUGGAUCAAGACGGUAAGUGUUCCAGCGGAGAGGGGGGGAAGGGAAGUAUAUAUGAACUUUUGUGUGGAGAGCUUUCCCUUGCAUCGGGUCAUGUCAACAGCUCCAUGCUAUACGCUGAUGCGAUGUGACGAUUUAACAUGCUUUCCUUACGUGAGACACUGUACACAUAAAAUAAUUUUCUCCCCCGAUCGACAGAAGGAUAAAGUGUACAAGAAGGACUAUAUAAUUUACGAGGAUCUGCUCAACGAGCUGGUAAAUAAAGACACCAGCGUUUAG